AUACUUAAUAUGGAACAAAAUAGCUGACGUGUGUCUACUUUGCAUAAGCACUGUAUUGAUGGUUCAUGCACCAAAGAUUAAUUAAAUUGGCUGAAAUCAUUUACGGAGUGAGAAAAACAGGUUGUGGUGGCUGCAUUCGUUACAUAGCUUGGCUGGUUCAUAAAUGGGCAACUUCACCUCUACCCUCAGCAAUGGAUUCUGGAGGCAAUGGAUAGUUUUGAGCUUGCUCUGCAGAAGACUACUCCAACUGUUGUUAUGGUUGCCACCGGAAAAGGUGCUUCUCUAGGUGUUCUUAACAAAGGUGGCAAUGCACUUCAGAAAGCUCACAAGGACCCAGAGCUUGAGAGAUUGCUGCUAUGAAGAGAGAGGUUGAGAAGCGUGAAGUGCUUAAGAGGCAAGGUCAUGGUGAAUACAGGGAAAUAAUUGAAGGAGACUUCCUAGCGGAGGUCACUCGCUGCAAUAGGAUCAUGGAUAAGCAUUUGAAGGCACUUGCGCCGGUCUAUUUGGGGACUAAAUUCAUCAAGCUUGAUGCCGAGAAUGCUCCCUUCUUUGUGACAAAACUGGCAAUUAAAAUGUUGCCAUGUGUUAUAUUGUUCAAGAAGGGUAUUGUUGUUGAUCGGUUAGUUGGAUUUGAAGACCUUGGAGGUAAAGAUGAUUUUUCUACCAGGGCAUUGGAAAAUAUUCUGAAGAGGAAAGAUUAAGACUAUCAUAUUUGAUAAAACUGGGACCCUGACUAUCGGCAAACCUUCUGUUGUUCAAACAAAGAUCUUCUCGAAGAUACCACUUUUUGAGUUGUGUGAUUUAACUGCCAGUGCUGAGGUUUGUGAUUUAACUCCCACAUUUGUGUUGCAAGGCAUUUGAUGCAAGAUAUUCGUUUGCAUUUCUGUGAAUAAGGAAUACUUACAUUUUCGUCGGCGAGGAUAGCAUGGUAGAUUAGAUCACCUACUCUGUUGUUUUUUAUUCGACCAGAAAUAAGUUUCGCAGUUGCCUCUCAGGAUCUGUUGUAGAUAUGCAAUUGUUCCACAUUGCAGAAUGUAACAUGACUGCAUUAUAAAUGGAGAAACAUGAGUAAAACGUGAUGCUAAGAACAUGAGUAAAACGUGAUGCUGGAACUUACCUUGGUGCCAUUACCCUCUUGGAGGCGUGGCGACUGAGAAAGUAUUGACUCAGCAUGGUGGUAGAUUGAAGAUGGAUCAGCUGGACUGAGAUGAAGAUGAAUGAACUGGACUGAGAUGAAGAUGACCUUAGCCUGGAGUUUUGUAGACGUUUCGGAAAAGAACUGAGCUAUGGUAAGAUGGUUCAUUCCUUGUAAUUUAAUGUAAUUAAUAUCGUUCAGGUUUCAUUCCUUUUUA